CGUUACUCACUCAUUCACACACGGACUUUCUCUCCCUCAGUCACCUUAUCGCCCUCUCCUUCUCCAACUCCUCCAAAUAUCAUAUAAUUCACCUGCAGUUAAGGCGCUAUACACUCAUGUAUUUCCUUUGCUACAAUUACAUUUAAAACACUUAUGAAAGUGUAACAAAAGAAAAAAAAAAGAGGUGAAAGAAAAUAUAACGAAAACUUAAAGGAACCAAGAAGUGACCGCAAGGUGCCGAUUAAAUUAUGAAGUAGAAAACAUCAGUGAUAUAUUAAGAAAGAUAAAACAUAAUGAAAACUGUGUGACAUUAAAUUGUGAUCUCGAGAAAGUGAGUUCAAAGUAUAAGCCAAACAAGAGUAUUGAAGAAAAGGAAAAGGAAGCGAGAUGUCCAGUGAAACACUACUUGCUUCUGAUAUUCCUUUUUAGCCAUGUAUACACGUACAUAAAGUGAAGAGGUGAAACUGUUAAAUAAGAAGAAUUACAGAUUUUUAGUGCAGCAUCAUGAGACUGCCAUGGGUGUUGUGUGCAGCCUGGGCGUGGGCCUGGUACGGGCUGUCGCGGGCUGUGUGGGCGGAAGAGGCAGCAGGGACAUAUGCAAACGAGUGCGAGCUGUACGGGGACCGGGGAGUGGCAGCAACAGCACCUGUUAUGCAGUUCCAGCGUCGUGUCACCAUCAGCUUAUUGCCUCAGAAUGAGAGACUGGCGGGGCAAAUGGUCAUUCAGUCUUCCUCUUCCGGCAAGACUUGUGAGUUAUUCAUUCUUCCAAAAGUUUUAACGAUCCAGUGUGGGAAGCAAAAGUAUGAGGCGCCCGACGCCUCUAACAUCUUCAGUGCUGAAGACGUGACGGACCUGUGGAUCGAUGUGGAUCGAGGCUCUGGGAACAACACUCCAUCAACCUGGGAACUCAGGUUGGUGGGGCGGCGAGGGGGGCAUCGGGUUCACUUUCUGGCACCCGACACACACCUGCAGCCCCCGUUCACCCUGCGUUGGGGAAUGACUCAGAACAUUCAGUACGCCUUCAACUGCAUAACCGGCUGCCUCUUUCUCGAGUCGGUGCAGCUGCCUGCCGGUGACCACACAUUCUCCCUGCGUCACGACAAAGACUUUAUCCAGAUGACGCUGGACUGCAGCAUCACUUCUUCUGAUGACUACAAGAGGGAGCUGUCCAUCAACGUAACCACGGACGAGCUUGGCCAGCCAGGGGGACUGAAGGAGAUCACGGUGGUGUGGCUCCCAGAUCUGGGCCGCGUUGGGGUCCUCGUGGACGGGACUCCUGAAGGCGGUACUAAGUACGAGCCACUGAUGAAGAAACGGCAGGUGAAUGUGACGGUGAGCGGGGGCGGCGGGGGGCUGGUGGCGGCCUGUGACCCGGGCUUCCAGGCGGUGGCGGGCGUGGAUAGCGAAGCAUCCACAGCAACAACAACAACAACAAGCGAGCCGUCCACCGUCUCGCCUCCAACCAGCAGCACCACGCCUGACCCGCCAACAGCUGCCAUCAUCGACCACCACCAUGACGGCCACUCUAGCCAAUGGCUUCCAGCAACCUUCACCCUCGUGCUUCUUAACCUUCUAGUUACACUGGGCGCUGUUAUACUCGUCACGUUCCUGUAUUUUCGCACAUCAGACGAGCCCACUCAGUUCUCAAGGGAAAACUCGGGCGUCUUGGGGAUUUUCACUCGACAGCUGUCCAAUCGCUCCUCAACGCGUUCUCAGCGUCGAGGCAGCCAGCGUCGCAACAAGGACCAGAACGAAGCACCGCUGUCAGAUCAAGGAAAGGUCGACAGAGAUCAUGAUGGGGAUAUGCAAGCCACUUCAGAAGCGGCUGGCCAAAGGCAGAGAGUUAUCUCAGCUGAUUCUUUAGUGAAAAUGGAACUGCUAUAAUGUGAUGAAGGUACAGAGGUGCCCGAAAAAAAGGGGAACCUGAAGAAGAGGAAAAAAGAGGAUGUAAAAAAAAACUGAGAGAGCCCAACGUGGAGUGCUAACAGAAGUAGGAGUGUUCAAGUUCAUGUUAAAAAGCAAAGCGAGAGACAAAGUGUAGGAUUAAGCGGAGGCGAUAACAUCCUCAAACCCAUUCGUUUCCCCUGCGUUGGGAAACACUCGCAGUUAUCAGCCAGAAGCACAUCGAUGAGAGACUUCUUGUUAACAGAAGCUACCAUUAUUUCCUUGGCCUUGGUUCCCUCAAUUAUUUUCCGAAUAGACAUAAAAGAAGAUUUGUGUAUAAAUGAUGGUGUAUACUUAACCAAUGGCCUGCAAUUUUAUGUUUUCGUGCAGAGUGGAAUCUGUUCUACUUGUAAAUAUAUUCCGGAGGUAUUCAUUUAUAAUUUAGAAUUACCAUGCUCUACAUAUUUUUUUUAUUUUUGGGGAACUUGUCUGUGCUCGCAAGUCUAGUAUAGUUUCUUUAUUCAUUCCUAGUGUUUGGACUGGCUCCUUUUAUUGCAAAGAAAAAUAAUAAAAAUAUAAGAUUAACAUUAACAGAUGUCCAAUAAAUAAGUGUGGAGAG